AUUCCUCUUUCCAAAACUUACGAGUCCUACUCUUGAAUAGCUCGAACAGGCUUACCAGACCGUACAUCGUUCAGAAACUUUCGAGAGAGAGAGAGAUAGAGAUGUCGUGCCUGGCUUCUUGCUGUGCGGCGGCGACGUGCGGUCUAUGCACGUCGGUAGCGUCUGGUAUCUCCAAGAAAUCGGCGAGAAUCGCUUACUGUGGGCUUUUCGGUGUCUCCCUCGUCGUUUCCUGGAUUCUCAGGGAAGUCGGAGCUCCUCUCCUCGAGAAAUUCCCAUGGAUAAGCAAAUCCGAGACUCACACAAAGGAAUGGUAUCAAAUACAAGCGGUUCUUCGUGUGAGCUUGGGGAAUUUCUUGUUUUUCGCAAUAUUUGCUCUUAUAAUGAUCGGGGUAAAGGACCAAAAUGACCGGCGUGAUUCAUGGCAUCAUGGUGGUUGGAUUGCAAAGAUGGUGAUAUGGCUUGUGCUUGUUGUUCUCAUGUUUUUCAUUCCAGAUGCCGUCAUCUCAUUUUACGGAACUUUAUCAAAAUUCGGAGCAGGUCUAUUUUUACUUGUUCAAGUGAUUAUCUUGCUAGACUUCACUCACUCGUGGAAUGAUGCUUGGGUUGAGAAAGACGAACAGAAAUGGUAUAUUGCCUUACUUGUUGUAUCUGUUGGAUGCUACCUUGCGGCAUUUGCAUUCUCUGGAAUUCUGUUCAUUUGGUUCAAUCCCUCUGGUCAAGACUGUGGCCUUAAUGUUUUCUUUAUUGUCAUGACCAUGAUUCUUGCUCUUGCAUUUGCGAUUAUUGCCUUACACCCAGCGGUGAAUGGCAGCCUCUUGCCUGCAUCUGUGAUAUCUCUUUAUUGUGCUUAUGUUUGCUACACGGGGCUUUCCAGCGAACCUCAUGACUACAAAUGCAAUGGUCUGAACAAAUCCAAAGCAGUCUCCCUAAGUACUCUUAUUCUUGGGAUGCUCACAACUGUUCUCUCAGUUUUAUAUUCUGCACUUCGUGCUGGAUCAUCGACAACUUUUUUAUCACCUCCAUCUUCACCCAAGUCAGGUGCAAAGAAACCUCUUCUUGAAGAAGAGUUGGAAGAAGGGAAAGAAAAGAAGGAAAAAGAAACGCGGCCCGUUAGUUAUUCCUACUCAUUCUUCCACCUGAUAUUUGCUCUGGCUAGCAUGUAUGCGGCGAUGCUUCUUUCGGGAUGGACCAAUUCAUCUGAGAGCUCGGACCUAAUUGACAUUGGGUGGACGACUGUUUGGGUCCGAAUCUGCACAGGGUGGGUCACUGCCGCGCUAUUUGUAUGGUCCAUUGUGGCUCCUUUGUUUUUCCCCGAUCGCGAGUUCUUUUAGGUCACUUGUUCAUAAUGUGUCUGGAAAUCACAGUGUGAAUAUGUUAUAGUUGUUCGUUUGUGGACCCUACAGUUGAUUAUGUAAGUACCAAGACUAAAAUCUGCUUGAGCUGUUUGGUAUGCAUAUUUCUAGUCGAUAUUCCACAGAAUUGAUGUUUGAAUUUUCUGAAGGCCUUGCCUUGUUAUUGAAGAGGGCAGGGAAGGAGGCCAAGAGUGUUAUGAAGAUAGUUUUAGGUGGGCUGGGAAUGUGCUGUGCGCAUAUAUAUAACGUAAUAAAUAGAAUGAAUCUCUUAUAUUUGAAACUUAUAUAUAUAUAUAU